AUGGCGAUACCGGCACAGCAACAACAACCAGCUCCUCCAAAGUCCCCGCACAAGAAAAAGAAAAAGCCCACGCGCUCCGUCUCCUUCUCACUCCCGGCACUACCGUUCCCGCUCGCGUCGUUCCUGCAUCCCCUGCGCUCGGCGUCGUCGCAAUGGCUCGUGCUGCCGGUGCUGCUGAUGGUGGUGCUGCUGGUGAGGUGGGUGGUGGGGUUAGGGCCGUAUUCCGGGAUGGCCGCGCCGCCAAUGCACGGUGAUUUCGAGGCACAGAGGCACUGGAUGGAGAUCACAAAGCAUCUGCCUGUGCGGGAGUGGUACUGGCACGAGCUCGAGUGGUGGGGGCUAGACUACCCGCCAUUGACCGCAUACCACUCGUGGGUGCUGGGCGUGAUCGGCGACCGCAUCAACCCCGACUGGUUCGCCCUCCACACCUCCCGCGGCUCUGACGACCCCUCGCUCAAGACAUACAUGCGCGCGACCGUCCUCGUCUCCGACUUCCUCCUCUACGUGCCCGCCACCGUAAUCUUCGUGCGCCUCUACGGCACGCUCUCCUCCCUGAGCAAAUACGACAAAGCCUGCGCGCUCGGCGCCAUCCUCCUCCAGCCCGCCCUCACAAUCAUCGACAAUGGCCACUUCCAGUACAACAGCGUCAUGCUCGGCCUCGCCAUCUCGGCGCUCGACUGCUUCCUCACUGACCACAUCUACUGGGGCUCCUUCUUCUUCGUGCUCGCGCUCUCGUUCAAGCAGAUGGCGCUGUACUACGCGCCCGUCGUCUUCGCCUACCUCCUCGGCCUGUGUGUCUUCCCGCGCCUCAACAUCGUGCGCCUCGUGCUGCUGGGCGCCACAGUCGUGGUCUCGUUCGCACUGGUGUUUGCGCCGCUCGUGCUCCUGGGUGGGACGGAGCAGGUCGGGCAGUGCCUCUUCCGCGUCUUCCCCUUCGCCCGCGGCCUCUGGGAAGACAAAGUCGCAAACUUCUGGUGCGCCGCAAACGUCGCCAUCAAGUUCCGCGAACGCUUCUCUGCGCCGCUGCUCCAGAAAGUAUCCCUACUCGCAACCCUCCUCGCCAUCGCCCCGCCCUGCACCAUCAUCUUCCUCAACCCGUCCAAGCGCCUCCUCCCGCUCGCGCUCUCGGCGUGUGCAUGGGGCUUCUACAUGUUCUCGUUCCAGGUGCACGAGAAGAGCGUUCUUCUGCCGCUGGUGCCGCUGACGCUGUACCUCUCUGGCAGCCUGGACAGCGAAGUCGUGGCGUGGGUGAGCUGGGUCAACAACAUGGCCAUGUUCAGCAUGUGGCCGCUUCUGCAGCGCGACGGGCUCGUGCUGCAGUACGGCGUUGUGUCGCUGCUGUAUAUGUGGCUCAUGGGCGGGUUUAGCCGCCUGCCGAGGGGGUGGGUGGGGAAGGUUGUGCAUCUGGGGAGUUAUAUCGCGGUGGCGGGGUUGCAUGCGGCGGAGUGGUGGGUGGGCGGGAAGGGGGUGGGGAGGUGGCCGGAUGUGUGGGUUGUGGCCGGGGUGGAGGUGUGUUUUGGGGCGUUUGUGGUGGCGUGGGGGUGGGUGCUGCAGAGGCUGUGGUGGGAGAGUGGGAGGUGUAAGGUGAAGAGUGAGUAG